CACACUGGUACACUCGCGCUCGGGCGCACACUGUACUGGCACAGGCGCCGGGAGCAAGCCAGCGAGCAGCGAGUCGGGGACUACCGGGCUAAGCCAGCCGAGCAGAGAGCGAGCCGAGCCCGCAACGACCCUACACCCCGAGCCCGCAGCCGCCGCCCGCUGGCCGCUGUCCCUGCCGCCCUCCCUGACCCAUGGCGCUGAAGCGGAUUCAGAAAGAAUUAAGUGAUUUGCAACGUGAUCCACCUGCUCACUGUUCAGCUGGACCUGUGGGAGAUGACUUGUUCCACUGGCAAGCAACUAUUAUGGGGCCUCCUGAUAGCGCAUACCAAGGUGGAGUCUUCUUUCUCACCGUACACUUUCCAACAGACUAUCCUUUUAAACCACCAAAGAUUGCUUUCACAACAAAAAUUUACCAUCCAAACAUAAACAGUAAUGGAAGUAUUUGUCUUGAUAUCCUGAGGUCACAAUGGUCACCAGCUCUGACUGUAUCAAAAGUUUUAUUAUCCAUAUGUUCUCUACUUUGUGAUCCUAAUCCAGAUGACCCCUUAGUACCAGAUAUUGCCCAAAUCUAUAAAUCAGACAAAGAAAAAUACAACAGACAUGCAAGAGAAUGGACUCAGAAAUAUGCAAUGUAAAAUUCAAAAAUUUUUCAUAUAUACUAGAGUACUGUAAAAUCUAGGUUUUUUUCAAUAUUAGCAGUAAAUUGAGCACUGUUUACUGUUUCAAUGUACCAUGAAACCCUUUAAUUUCCACCCAUUUUAAAUGUGUUUCUGAAGCAAGACAAAACUUCCAGAAAUACCCAUAAGACUGUGAUGAGAGCAUUUAUCAUUUUGUAUGCAUUGAGAAAGACAUUUAUUAUGGUUUUUAAGAUACUUGGACAUCUGCAUCUUCGGCUUACAAGAUCUACAAUGCAGCUGAAAAGCAACCAAAUUAUUUUUUGCUGAAACUAGAUGUUUUUACAUGAGAAAUACUGUAUGUGUUGUCUAAAAUGUUGUCAGUUUUAUAAAUGUCUUCAGAGUUCAUUCUUUGUUAGCUCACUUUAUAAUUUGUAUUUUUUUACUGUAUAGAUGAAAUAUAUUCUAUUUACCAUGUGCGUCAACUCAUUACUUUUUUCCUGUGAACAGUAUUGAAGAAACCCAACAGAUGAUACUUAAAUGAAUUAACUGUCUGUCUCCUUUGUAGGGUAUUCUGUAGAUUGAUCGAAGAUUUCUUAAACCUGAAAUGAUCUUUACACUGUAAUUCUCAGUAUACUGAUUAUGGAGAAACACUUGUUUUGAUUUUGUUAUACUUGACUUUAUUGCAAUGUGAAUUAAUUGCACUGCUAAGUAGGAAGAUGUGUAACUUUUAUUUGUUGCUAUUCACGUUUGAAUUUUUUUCUGUAUAGGCAAUAUUAUAUUGACACCUUUUACAGAUCUUACUGUAGCUUUUUCCAUAUAAAUAAAAUGCUUUUUCUACUAUUUGUCUGGGUUACUUAUGAGAAAAAAUUUUUUUAAAUUUCUUUAUAAGUAAGGAU